AUGUCAUCAAAUAAUUCAUCGUCUUCAUCAUCAUCGUCAGCAACAACAACAAAUUCGAAUACAGAUAGUGCAUAUGAAUCAUCAUUAGAUCAGUUACGUUCAUUAUUGCCUGAUUCAAAUGCAAAAGGCAUGUCGGAUUAUGAUGUUGUUCGAUCAGCGACUGAUUACAUUCAAACAUUAAUGAAAGAUACUGGCAAUUCGAAUUCAUCUGAUUGA